AAAACCAAAGCCGGUCGAGGCGGACGUGUGACGCUCGGGUGCGCGAAAUAGAGAUUUGUUUGUAACUUUAUUGUUUGUGUGAAAGCAGGAGAGAGAAAUGAUGGAUAAGUCAACAACAACAACGAACGCGGCUAAUGCAAAAGCCGCAACAACGGAUGAGGCAACAACAGCAACAAAUACCGCUGGGUGUGGCAGCAGCAACAACAACAGCAGCAGCAACAACACUACUAAUGGCAACAACAGCAACAACAACAAUGUGAAUGCCAACAGCAGCAACAGCAACAACAGGAACAACAGCAACCACAGCAACAACAACAUAAUCAGUGGCAACAAUGCGCGUCACAAUAGCUUGCAACGUUUUUCCAUGGCCACAACAAGUGCGCUGCUCGGCAACAACAACAACAGGAGCAGUUCCACAACAGUUGCCACAACAACAACAACAAUUGGAGUUGGCAACAACAACACGAUGAUUAACCUCAAUAUCAGCACAACAACCGGCGGCAAUUUUGGCGUCAGUGUUGAGCCGCAUAUAACGGUUGAAAGCCUCAAGAAGAUUAUAGCCAAGAAACUGAAAGUGGCCAAGGAUCGCAUUUGUUUGUUGCAUCGUGAAAAAGAACUACAAGAUGGAACGUUGAGAGAUCACAAUUUAAUGGACGGUUCCAAGAUUAUUUUAAUACCAAAUGUGGAAACUGGUUUAUUGGCACAGCGACCUGAGAACACGGUGAUGCAAGCGCUGGAAUCGCUUAACGACUCGCAGGUUAAUGAUUUUCUCAGCGGCAAGACGCCUCUAAAUCUGAGCAUGCGUCUCGGCGAUCACAUGAUGCUCAUCCAGUUGCAAUUGAGCACGGUUAAUCCAGCUGGCACUGGUGGCACUGCCUCCAGUUCCAGUUCAACUGCCACAGCUGCAUUGCCACCUGCCACAAGCACAAAUUGGACUUCAAGUAGCAGUAACAGCAGCAGCAACUCCUGCAACAGCAGCUCAUCAACGUCUGGCACUGGAAUGGGCUGUGUUGCAAGUGGUGCAAGUGGCUCAAAUGGCGGUACGUUGCACAUGCGCACACGCUCCUCAUCGAGUCAACGUUCGUCGUCUGGUUCGUCGUCUGGUCGCAUUGGCAAUGGACAUGUGCACAGUCAUCAGCAUCCAAGUUUGCAGCAUAGUCACAGCCAUCAUCAUCACCAUCAUCAUCAUCAUCACAAUGCCUCGGCUGUGGCAGCCGGCAGUGGUGGGGCAGGCAACAACAACAACAACAACAACUCUGCACGCAAACAACACGAUUCCAAUUCAAAUUCAACUCGAAAUAAUGCAACACAUCAUCAAAAUCACAGUCAGAGUCACAAUCACAGUCACAGUCACGGAACUGGACAUGGGAAUAGUCAUGGAUCUGUUUCUGGAUCUGCUCAAAUUCCGAUCAACAGCUCCGAUUUGAGCCUGAGCUCAAUUCUCAGCAAACGCGAUUAUGAAAGUCUGCAGAAUAUUGUGAAUAAAUUUGCGUUGACGCCACGUGCUGUAGUUGCCGCUGCCCAAGCAGCAGCAGCAAGAGAAGCAGCAGCAGCAACCACCACAAGCACAACAGCAACAGCAGCAGCAACAACAGCAGCAGCUACCACAGCAACAGCUGCUGCUGUUUCGGCUUCUUCUUCUUCUGGCAAGCCAAUUCUGGAACAAUCGCCCAUCAAAUCACUUUCGAAUCUCGUCUCGAGUCCCAUUAAAACAACGGCCAUUAAGAAUAUGGGGCAUAUAGGGCAUGCCACCAGCGGUGGCGCCAGCGCUGUUGCCUUGGCCUUGGCUGGCAUAACAACCAGCAACAGCAACAGCAACCCACAACCAACGACAGCAGCAACUGUUGCAAGCAGCAGCAGCAGCAGCAACAGCAACACUUGCAACAGCGGCGGUUGCCAACAGGAUCCAAUUGCCGCCAAGCUUACCUCAUGCCUCUGCACGCGUCUGUUGACGCCAACGGCAGCACCACCAGCACCACUGGCCUCAAACACUGUGGCCACUCUAGGCAGCAGCAGCAACAAUAACAACAGCAACAGCAACAACAACACUGGCACACGUGCCUCAAAUGCGUUGCACAAAACGGUUAAUAAUCCGAUAAGCGUAUCACGCUCAAAGCAUCGUCACCACCAUCAUCAUCACCAUCACCAUCAUCAUUAUCAUCAUGCUGCUGCUCAAGCCGCAGCUGCCGCCGCCGCAGCUGCCGCCGCCGCCGCAGCAGCAGCAGCAGCGCAUAAGACUCAAGAGGCAGCAGGAACAACAGCAGCAACAAGUGUUGCAACAACAGCAGCUGCAACCACUGAACUGAUGGAUGAUGCCACCAUCGCUGUCUCCGAUACACGCACCUUGGCGGAGGCGUCUCGCAAUUUGACACAGACAUUGCGAAAACUGUCCAAAGAGGUUUUCACCAAUAAAAUUGAUUUAUCCGGCGCUGGCAGCGUUAAUCUUGGCACCACCAACGCUUGUGGUUCGGCUGGUGGUGCGGCUGGCGGUGGCAGUGGCAGUGCCACCAAUAGUGGAGGCGCUGGCAACGAUGAGACGCCACGAAAGAGCGGCUCGGGAGCUGUCAUUGAGUCGAUGAAGAAUCACGGCAAGGGCAUCUAUUCGGGCACCUUUUCGGGCACUCUGAAUCCGGCGUUGCAGGAUCGAUUUGGACGACCCAAGCGUGACAUUUCCACCGUUAUCCACAUACUCAACGAUCUGUUGAGUGCCACGCCCCAAUAUAGUCGUGGGGCGCGCAUUAGCUUUGAGGCGCCAGGCGGUUCAAGUGGCGCCUCCAAUUCAUCAACAUCCAGCAGCUCCUCCAGCUCUUCUUCCUCCUCCUCCACCUCCUCCUCGUCGUCGUCGUCGAGCAGCGGUAGAAAUGGUAUUGCUGCAAUUACAGCUGCCUCAUCAUCAGCGUCAGGUGGCAUGCAUCAUGGUGCACGCAGCAGCAAGCUGUACUCCACAAAGCAUCAUAACUGUGCCAAGUGCAACAGUCGCGCCCAACAACAACAACAACAUCAGCAUCAGCAUCAACAGCAACUGCAGCAGCAACAACAACAGGCAGCGGCAGCUGCAACAUUGCCAGCUGGAAGUUGCGCCUAUGGGGAAUGCAACGGUCAUUAUGUGGCCAAGGGAGCAACAUCCUCUUGCUCCUCUGCCGCAUCCUCCGCAUCCGCAUCGAAGUCAAUGCUCAGCUGUUGUACAGAUGCUGUGGCAAGUGGCAACUCGACGGGUGCCACCAAUGGUUGCAUGUGUCGCGGUGCGAAGGAGAAGGAGCACAUGUGCCACAAGUGCGUUGUGGAGAUGGCGAAUCUGAAGACAAAGUCAAAGCUCGAUCAGCUGCGUCUGGUCAUGCAACAGCGCAAGCAGAAGCGUGAGGCACGCAAGCUGCGCAGCUCACCGUAUGCUGCCACAAAUGCUGCUGGUGGCGUUGCUGCCACAGCUGCCACAACCACCGAAGCGGUAGCUGACGUUGAAGCGACGCCGCAAUAUAGCGCGGUCAGCGCCUUGGUUGCCACGCCCCUGCAGACGGCCAAGACGACGCUUGCCACAAGUAGCGGCAACAACAGCAGCAGCAGCAACAACAGCAACAGCAACAACAGCAACAGCAGCAACAAUAGCAGCAGCAACUCUACAACAGCAACUACAACAGCAACAGCUGCAGCUGCAACCACUGCACCACCUAGCGAGGUGUCGCCCAACCACAUUGUCGAGGAGGUGGACACGGCUGCCUAAGCGGACAGACCUUGCAACUGUGCAACCUUUUUCGAUAGCAUUUACUAGUUAACAAACUACAACUACUAGAACAACAACAACAACCACAAUUAGUGUUUAAUUCUUUCUUUUUUUGAAUUUAUUUGUAAACAUUUUUUUUUUUUUUGUUAUUUAAAAAACAACAUUUUGAUAAAUUGCUUGAAAGCUUCCAUUUAAGUUGUAACACACAUUUGCAACUGCCACGCCCCCUUUCCCACGCCUCGAUAUUGUUUGAAACAACAGAGAGAGAUAGAGAGAGAGAACGAAAGUCGUUGAGCUGUUAAAUUAAUUUUAAGAUAAUUAACAACAUCAUGAUGAAGAGCAACAAUUAAUACAAUUCAACAAUAAUCAGCCGGCUGACAAAAUCCUCCCCACACUCCACACUCUCUAACUAACCCCACCCACACCCCUUGUGGCAUGUUUUAUAAUACAUAAUUUAGUAAAAUUGAAAUUUUGAUAUUUGUGGCACAACAACAAAAACAACAACAACAACAAAAACACGAGGCAAAGCCACAUGAUGAU